AUGUUUGGCCUGCACUAUCUCACCCAGGCGCUGCCCCAGUCGGCCUUUAUCCCCAGCCCGCCCUUGACCGAGGCCAACCUGCCGGACCAGACCGGCCGGGUGCACAUUGUCACCGGCGCCAACUCGGGCGUCGGCGAGCAGCUCAUGCAGAUCCUCUACUCCAAGAACGCCACCGUCUACGUCGCCGCGCGCUCCCAGGCCAAGGCCGACGCCGCCAUCGCCGCCGCCCAGUCGGCCCACCCCGGCUCCCGCGGCCGCCUGGCCUUUCUCGCCGUCGACCUCGCCGACCUGCGCACCGUCAAGCCCGCCGCCGACGCCUUCCUCGCGCGCGAGACGCGCCUCGACGUGCUCGUCAACAAUGCCGGCGUCAUGUUCCCGCCCGCCGACGUCGCCAGCGCCCAGGGCCACGAGAUGCAAAUGGCCACAAACUGCCUCGGCCCGUUUCUCUUCACCAAGCUGCUGACGCCGCUGCUCGUGGCCACGGCCAAGAAGGCGCCCAAGGACUCGGUCCGCGUCAUCUGGGCCUCGUCGCUGGCCAACAACCUCUUCUCCCCGUCCGGCGGCAUCGCCUUUGACGCGGCGACGGGCGCACCCAAGAAGCACGGCAUCACCCAAGUCAACUACGGCCAGUCCAAGACGGGUAACCAGUUCUACGCCGCCGAAUUCCACCGCCGGUAUGCCGCUGAUGGCGUCGUCAGCGUCACCUUCAACCCGGGCAACCUACAAAGCGGCCUGCAACGCCACCUGCCCGGCUUCGUCCACGCCUCCCUGACGUACUUUGGCUACCCAGCGCGCAACGGCGCCUACACGGAGCUGUUUUGCGGCUGGAGCCCGGACAUCACCCUCGAGAAGGGUGGAUCAUUUGUGAUUCCCUGGGGCCGCCUCGGCAACGAUUACGUCCGUCCCGACCUGGCCAGAAUUGUCGAGGACAACAAGACAAACCCCGACGCGUUGCCAAGACAACUUUGGCAAUGGAGUGACAAAGAAACGGCCAAAUAUGUCUAA